AUGAAGCGGUGGGACAUGACGGUGUAACCGGCGGAGGAUAGCAUGCAUGCAAAGGCAGUUUUUGGUCCGGGGCCAGCCGUGAAGGGCACGGUCGGGUCCAUGUGAUGGUGCGCUUCUCUCCAAGGUGGAUUCGGUUUCCAGUCCGGUAAAAGAAACUGACUGAGCGAGAAAACAACCCGAACAAAAGCUGAUCACCUGAAGAUAAAUCAUCUGAAUGGAUCAUCUGUUUGGCUCAUUUAGAGACCUGAUUGGUUUCUUUCUGACCACGCGCCUUUUUCUGUUGACAUUUGUGACAUUUCAAACAACGACAACAUAUCUUUUGGGCACCAUCAACAAAUCGUGCUACUUUUCCUUGCACAAUUGAACUCAAAAGGGGUUGGAUAAAAAAACAAAAACAUUGUUAUCAAGUCACAAGAAGACAUUUAACGACACACAUCAACAGUAUGUGAAAAAUAAAGGUGUGGAAAUGCGUCGCAAAUGCUUCUGUCUGCUUGAGGUGUGUGCCAUCAUAAGCCUGCUGCCUUCAGGCUCUUCGGAGAAUCUGACAUGUGAAGCUCUGCUCAUGCUGUCAGGAAAUGUCUCAUUAAAGUCGCUGGCCGUCUCCUGGAACCAAACCCUGAGCAACGCCACAGGUCGGUGGAGCGGCUCGGGUCUCUCCUGUGACACCUCCAUCGAUGGCAUCGGCACCUGCUGGCCCCGGAGCAGCGCCGGCCAGAUGGUGUCACGACCCUGUCCGGAGAUGUUCUACGGUGUCAGAUACAACACCACCAAUAAUGUUUAUAGGAAAUGUCUCGCAAAUGGGACAUGGGCGCUGAAGGGGAACUACUCCAUGUGUAAGGCCAUACUUCACGAGGAGAAAAAAGGCAAGAUGCACUACCAAAUAGCUGUGAUCAUAAACUUCCUGGGUCACUGCAUCUCCAUGGUGGCUCUUCUGAUAGCCUUCUUCCUCUUCUUGUGUCUGAGGAGCAUCCGCUGCCUGAGAAACAUCAUCCACUGGAACCUCAUCACCGCCUUCAUCCUGAGGAAUGCCACCUGGUUUAUCGUCCAAAUGACCAUGAGUCCCGCGGUGCACGAAAGUAAUGUGGUUUGGUGCCGACUCGUCACCGCCUCCUUCAACUAUUUCCACUCCACCAACUUCUUUUGGAUGUUUGGAGAGGGCUGCUACCUCCACACCGCCAUCGUCCUCACCUACUCCACCGACAAGCUGCGCAAGUGGAUGUUCAUCUGCAUCGGCUGGUGUAUACCGUUCCCUAUCAUUGUGGCAUGGGCGAUUGGGAAGCUGUACUACGACAAUGAGAAGUGCUGGUUUGGAAAGCGAGCUGGCGUUUACACAGACUACAUCUACCAAGGUCCCAUGAUCCUCGUCUUAGUGAUCAACUUCAUUUUCCUCUUCAACAUCGUGAGAAUACUGAUGACUAAACUGCGAGCCUCUACCACAUCAGAGACAAUCCAGUACAGGAAAGCUGUGAAGGCAACACUGGUACUUCUUCCUCUCCUGGGAAUCACCUAUAUGCUGUUCUUUGUCAACCCGGGGGAAGACGAGAUCUCUCAAAUCGUCUUCAUAUAUUUCAACUCUUUUUUGGAGUCCUUCCAGGGCUUCUUUGUGUCAGUGUUUUACUGCUUCCUAAACAGCGAGGUGCGCUCGGCUGUGAGGAAGCGGUUCCACCGGUGGCAGGAGCAGCACUCCAUCCGAGCCCGGAUGACCCAGGCCAUGUCCAUCCCCACGUCACCUUCACGGGUCAGCUUUCACAGCAUCAAGCAGUCCACGUCACUAUGAGAGAGGACGCGGGUGUCGUCCUGGAUACGGGCUUUAGGCUGUCGUCAUCAUUCUUCUGCCACGUCACUGGAGUUCACUGAACCACUUUGUGAGCUGGGGCAGAGCAACAGAGAGGCUGCAUCAGUCUCCUAAACCUCAGGAGGGACAUUACACAGACGUGAAAAUGGAUGAGGGCGGAAAUAAAGGACACUGCACACUUUAGGAAACGAGAGGUUAGUGGAUCAAAAGAUGCACGUGACCAAGCUGAGUGACUUUGGAUCUUGGGUUUGAAUGUACAGCACUCCGUAUUCUUUAAUGUUUGCCUGCCAUAGAAAUUCUAUGUUGUAUUCCUGCUUUCAAACUUGUUUCUUUAUUUUGCUAUCAGUGAGAACUCAGAGCUUUAGCCGCUUGGACUGCACUGAACUGGAUUCCACCCCUGCGGACACUGGAAUUAUUUUAAGUUAUUAAAAUUGUUUUAUUUUCAGCUUUUAUUUUGUUUGGUUGUCACAAACAAUUGUCUGGUCAUGGUGUUUGUUCAUUUGGUGUUGUGCUAUCUUCCUCUGUUCAGUGCAGUCAUGCUACUGUCAUCGACUUUCCAGAAAGUGAAACACAUUCCAUCAUUUUCCACCCGAAGAAUUUUGUUCCAAAAAAACAUCAACCGUGAAUGAAUGUGUGUUACAGGUGUUCAGGAUUGAACCAGAGCAGGGGGUGAUUAGCCUAGCUUAGCAUAAAGACUGGAAGCAGGGGGAACAGUUAGCCUGUCUUAAUCCAAUGUCCAAAAAUCAGGCGUGGAAUCUUAACGAAGUACAUUUACUCAAGUACUGUACGUUUUUUUAUUAUACAUUUCAGGUACUUGUACUUUACUUGAGUAUCACUUGCACACACAACAUGUGAAGAGUUUAUGAAGAGUUUAUCAAAUGUGAUGUUUUAUUAUAAAUUAAACUACCCAACAGUUUUUGCUAUAUAUAUAUUUCAGCUGAAAUCAUUAGGUGAUUAAUCCAUUUAUAGAUUGAUAAAAAAUAAAUUGGCAACUAUUUUAUCUAUCGUUAUUAAAAGUUCCAUCUUCUCAAACGUGAUGAUAUGUUUUAAUAAUAUUAUUAAACAGUUGUGAAGGUGUCACUUCGAGCUCUGGGUAAUUGUGAUGACAUUUCUCUCACAAUCAAUCGAUUAAUAUAGAAAAUAAUGUGCAGAUUCAUCGACAAUGAAAAGAAUCAUUAGUUAAUAGUAUAACAGUCACUUAUAUACUUGAAGUACUUGAAGUACAUUAUCCUGAUUAUUCUUACAUCCUUUAUAAGAAACAUUUUCACAGGGUGGUAUCAGUACUUACAGAGGUAAAGGUUCUGAAUACGUCUGCUGUCGGGAACAGUGAGAAUGAACCAAAACAAGUUUCAAGGUCAACAAGUUUAAACUGAACAAGGCCAAGAAUCAACUUUGAUGGAUGUUUUUGGAACAAAAGUCUUCGGCUGAAUAAAGAGAUUUACUUUCGUUUUCUCUCUACCAGCAAGCCAGAGAAGGAGAAGGAUCAGCUGAGACGAACACAGUUUAUUUAACCAGGAAGGAGUUCAUUCUUGUAUCUAAUCAAGUGACUUUCUGUGGCGUUGGGUUGACUUGAAGCAUGACGGGAGCGAGCUAUGCAGUAACUCUGUGUACCGAUUUAAUGUAAAUAAGUAAAUAUAUAAGGGGGGGGGGGGGUUAAAGUCACAAAUAUAAACCAAAAAACACAAACCACACACUGUGAAUCAUAUGGGCAUGACUUCACAUUCAUCCAUGUGAUCAGCAACUCACAGUCCACAUUCCUACUAUACCAGUAUGCCUAGCACCUGUGCAUUUCUAUCAACUGCUGUUUGUGUCAAAUUGUAUAUGAACCUCAUCUUUUUGUCGCCCUAAAAUCAUGUUAUUGUUAUCCCUUACAAGUGAUGUGAACGACGGCGUAUUAGGGCCAUUGUAGGUAUAAAUAAAAAAUGUAAAUUACAGAGCCGGGGGGGGUGGGGGUAAUAUUCUGAGAAAAAACUCAGAAUGUCUGAGAUGAUGGAAGUCGUACAUUUCCGAGAAAAAAAAAAGUUAGUGACAAAUUUAUGAGAAAAAAACUAAUUGGGUUUUUUUCCCUGAAUAUU